GUGCUGGGUUGAGUGACAGAGCUGGAGGAUUUGGGGGAGGGGUUGAGAGGCAAGAAGCUCCGGGGUUUGUAUUUUGGCUCAUUUCCGCCCUUUUGUUUACUGGAAUAGAGAGUUCCAUCAUGGUGUGUACAGUAGCAGUGAUCGGGGCGGGUCCCUCAGGUCUGACCAGCAUCAAGAGCUGUCUGGAUGAGGGUCUGGAGCCCACCUGUUUCGAGAGCAGUGAUGACAUCGGGGGACUGUGGAGGUUCAAGGAGCAUCCAGACCCAGGAAGGGCCAACAUCUACCAGUCUGUCAUCAUCAACAGCUCCAAGGAGAUGAUGUCAUACAGCGAUUUCCCUCCUCCUGCUCACCUGCCCAACAACAUGCACCACCCCCAGCUGCUGAGCUACCUACGACUUUACGCUCAGACCUUUGACCUCUUCAAGCACAUCUACUUCCAGACCACUGUGGUGAGUGUGCGUCAGAGGCCAGACUUCCCAGUGUCAGGCCAGUGGGAAGUGGAGACAGAGAGGAGAGAAGGUCAGAGGGAGAUUCAGGUCUUUGAUGCUGUGAUGGUCUGCACCGGUCACUUUACACAACCACACUUGCCUCUCAAUGACUUCCCAGGUAUAGAAGAGUUUGAGGGCAGGUACUUUCACAGUUGGGAAUACCUCAGUGCUGAGGGGCUGCAGGGGAAGAGGGUGGUGGUGGUUGGGAUUGGGAAUUCUGGAGGUGACAUCGCUGUGGAUGCCAGCAGAGUAGCGGAGCAGGUGUACCUCAGCACACGGAAAGGGGCAUGGGUGGUCAGCAGGGUGGGGGCGGGGGGACUGCCAGGUGACCUGGUGGGCACUUCAAGAUUGGACAGGCUAGUGCAGAAGCUCUUCCCCUCCUGGAUUACCAUGAUGAUGGAGAAGAAACUGAACAGAACCUUCGACCACAGACUGUACGGCCUACAACCAAAACACAGGUUCUUUGCCCAGAUCCCAGUGGUGAAUGAUGAUCUACCUGGUCGAAUCAUCUCUGGUCGUGUUCUGGUCAAACCUAACAUCAGGGAGAUCAAAGGCUCCAGUGUGGUGUUUGAGGAUGGGAGCGUCGUGGAAAAGGUGGAUGUUGUGGUGUUUGCCACUGGCUACAACUAUGACUUUCCUUUCCUGCCUUCGGGUCUGCUGACUAAUGGUGGUCACCGCCUGUGUCUGUACCGUCAUGUGUUCCCCCCGGGGCUGGCUCGGCCCAGUCUGGCUGUAGUGGGCUUCAUCUGUAACCUGGGAGCCAUCAACCCUCUGGCUGAGAUGCAGGCCCGCUGGGCCAUCCAUGUCUUUAAAGGGUUACUAACUCUGCCCUCACAAGAAGCCAUGCUGCAGGACAUAAAGAGAGAUACCAGCACGUUGCAAAACAGGUUUGCCUGUUUGGAGCGUCACCCUCUCCAGGUGGACCAUAUCCCCUACAUGGACUCCAUGGCAGAGGAGUUGGGGGUUCGUCCUAAUCUCCUAGGGCUCCUGUUGAGGGAGCCUGGCGUGGGGCUGCGUGUGCUACUGGGGCCCUGCACCCCGUACCAGUACCGUCUGAGAGGGCCAGGACAGUGGGAUGGAGCCCGACAGGCCAUCCUCACCCAAUGGGAGCGUGUAGCCCAGCCCUUCAGGACCAGGAUGCCGCCACAACCAGAGAGCAGAACCAGAACCUCCUCUAGUCUGAUACUGACUCUGUCUGGCACUGUUCUCCUACUAACAACCUUCUAUACCAGACACAGUCUCUCAUCACUCCCCACAGGCCUCCUCUAUAAGAUAUACAGUCUACCUGAGAUCAUAUGGGGGUGGAAAUGAACACUAUGGGCCUAUUGCAUCCACUGUUGGCCACCAUUUUAUCUCUCAUUAAACUAUCAAUACACACUAAGAUCACCCGCACAGCUGAUCUUAAUUGCUUCCAAAAUGUACUGUUCUCUAAAAGCCGAGCUACAUGUGACGUCAGUGUUAACUUAGCCUCGCUUUACUCAAACAUUUUCCAAUACAGGCUAUUUAUUAUCUUCGGUAGAAAUAAAACCUGGAAACCGAGCAGACUAAGGGGUGAUUGAACUAUUUCACAAUCAUUCAGUGCAACUAAAAUAAAGCAUUUUCUUGUUUAGAAAUUAUACUGUGGCAAUACAUCAUACAGGUUAUAUCAGGGUUUUUCAAACACGGUCCUAGGUGCAUGUUUUAAUUUUUGCCCUAGCACUACACAGCUGAUUCAAAUAAUCAAAGCUUGAUGAUGAGUUGGUUAUUUGAAUCAGCUGUGUAGCGCUUGGGAAAAACCUAAAUGUGCACCCAGGGGGGCCCCGGGACCAAGUUUGGGAAACUCUGGCUAAUAUGAAUGAAAAAUGCUGGUGUACUCAUUACUUUUUAAUUCCCAAAUUAUGUCGUCCAUUAAUUACAACUUGUCUUAUUAACUAUGGUUAUUGCUGAUCAAGGGGACAAAACCAAAUAUCCCUGAAUUGUCCAUAUCGAAAUUGUGUAACUAAAUCAAGCCAAUCAUGACUGAUUUCAUGUAAUCUUCUGUUUUUGUCAAAUUCAAGGUAUACAGUGCCUUCGAAAAGUUUAGAAGCCUUGACUUUUUCCACGUUUUGUUACGUUACAGCCUUAUUCUAAAAUGGAUAAAGACAAAGCAAAAAAAGUUAUUUAUUUUAAAUUUUCGCAAAUGUAUAAAGAACUAAAAACAGAAAUACCUUAUUUACAUAAGUAUUCAGACCCUUUGCUAUGAGAGCUCAGGUGCAUCUUGUUUCUAUUGAUCAUCCUUGAGAUGUUUCUACAACUUCUUUGGAGUCCACUUGUGGUAAAUUAAACUGAUUGGGCAUGAUUUGUCCAACUCCUGUACUUGGGGAGUUUCUCUGGGCCACUCAAGGGCAUUCAGAGACUUGAACAGAAGCCAUUCCUGUGUUGUCUUGGCUGUGUGCUUAGGGUCGUUGUCCUGUUGGAAGGUGAACCUUUGCCCCCAGUCUGUGGUCCUGAGUACUCUGGAGCAGGUUUUCAUCAAGGAUCUCUGUACUUUGUUCCGUUCGUCUUUGCCUCGAUCCUGACUAGUCUACCAGUCCCUGCCACUAAAACAUCCCCACAGCAUGAUGCUGCCACCACCACGCUUCACCGUAUGGAUGGUGCCAGGUUUCCUUUGGACAUGACCAAUCUUGGUUUCAUCAGACCAGAGAAUCUUGUUUCUCAUGGUCUUAGUCUUUGGGUGACUUUUGGCAAGCGGGCUGUCAUGUGCCUUUUACUAAGGAGUGGCUUCUGUCUGGCCACUCUACCAUAAAGGCCUGAUUGGUGGAGUGCUGCAGAGAUGGUUAUCAUAAUGGAAGUUUCUCCUUUCUACAUAGAGGAACUCUAGAGCUCUGUCAACGUGAGCAUCAGGUUCAUGAUCACCUCCCUGACCAAGGCCCUUCUCCACCGAUUGCUCAGUUUGGCCGAGCGGCCAGCUCUAGGAAGAGUCUUGGUGGUUCCAAACUUCUUCCAUUUAAGAAUGAUCGAGGCCACUGUGUUCUUUGGACAAUUUCUUCGACCUCAUGGCUUGGUUUUUGUUCUGACAUGCACUGUCAUCUGUGGGACCUUCUAUAGACAGGUGUGUGCCUUUCCAAAUCAGGUCGAAUCAAUUCACCACAGGUGGACUCCAAUGAAGUUGUAGAAACAUCUCAAGGAUGAUCAAUGGAAACAGGAUGCACCUGACCUCAAUUUCGAGUCUCGUAGCAAAGGGUCUGAUACUUAUGUAAUUGUUCAAUACAUUUUCUAAAAACUUGUUUUUGCUUUGUCAUUAUAGGGUAUUGUGUGUAGAUUGAUGAGGAACCAAAUGUAUUUAAUACAUGUUAUAAUAAGGCUAUUAAUGUAACAAAAUGUGGGAAAAGUCAAGUGGUCUGAAAACUUUCCGAAUGCAUUAUAGGUGUGUGAAAGACAACUGGACUAAUACUAAUAGUACAAGAGAAUGGAUUAAAGCAGGGUUCUCCAACCCUUUUUCUGAAGUGCUUCCCUCCUGUAUGUUUUCGCUCUAACCCCAGUUGUUACUAACCUCAUCCUGCGUUCAUAACCAAGUAGGAAUGUGGUAUUAUUUACCACAUACAACUGGGAAGAAUCUAGUUGAAUGACCCUCCAACUGGUAAUUACAGGUGGAAAACUUGUCUAUCAUCAUUGUGCUCUGAUUCCCCCACUUGUACCUCACUGAUGUCAUUGUCAACAAAAAAGACAGCGAGUAUAGCUCCAGACGGGGAAGUGACGUUUUCAACUAAAAUCACAGAAGCCGGGUAGCAAUCUUUCCCCAUUGAAAGUAAUGCAGACAUGCUUGAAUUCAAGCAAUGACGACACACAUUGUUAACCUUUUUUUGUAUUACAACUGGAUUAUAGCUCCUGUCAAAAUGUUGUGAAUUAUAUAUAUAUAUAUUCAUAGUCACCAGUCAACUCCAUUACACACAAAAGUUACUUCUACCAGUGAAUGCUAGCUAUGGCUAGCUAUGCUAUCAGUCUGUCUUAAAGGAAUAGUUCACCUAAAUUACACAUUGGUUUCCUUGCCGUGUUAGCAGUCUAUGGACAAGGUAUGACAGCAAUUCAUGCUUUUGUUUCCCUGGCACUGUUUCCACAUGCUAGUGGCUUACAGGAGCAAUUAGGAUUAAGGACCUUGCUCAUGGGCACAGACAGAUUUUAUUUACCUAGUGGUGCUUAGGACCAGCAACCUCUCGGAUACAAUGCCCUUAACCGCUAGAUUACCUGCCGCCAUUUAACCAAAGCAUGGAUUGCUGUUGUAGAUGAAUGAAUACGAUGUUUAAUAAUAAUAAACUACAUUCAGCAAUCUGAA